AUGAUCCAACAUCCUGAGAGCGCCCACAUUGAUCCGUUGGAGAACACAUUAAAGGAAGAGCAGGCCCACUGCUCCUGUGUAGAAGUGGAACCAGAUGGCCGACCAUGGUACGUCGACAUCAAGACCUACCUGGAAAAAGGAGAGUAUCCGCCGGAGAGUUCGGCAAAUCAAAGGAAAACCAUCAGGAGGUUAACCAAUGGUUUCUUCUUGAACAAGGAAGUACUAUACAAAAGAACCCCUGAUCUCGGUUUGCUCAGAUGCGUGGAUGCCGAAGAGGCCACGAAGCUGCUGAAAGAAGUGCACCCUGGAGCAUGUGGACCCCACAUGAACGGAUUCGUCCUCGCUAAGAAAAUCCUGGGACAAGAAUUGCAUGCGAUAAGCUCUCCUUGGCCUUUCGUGGCGUGGGGAAUGGACGUCAUAGGACCCAUUGAACCUCCGGCCUCCAACGGACAUCGCUUCAUCUUAGUUGCCAUAGACUAUUUCACCAAAUGGAUGGAGGCAACUUCCCACAAAUCAGUGACCAAGAAAGUGGUAGCGGACUUCGUCAGAAACAAUCUGAUAUGUCAUUUCGGUGUACCGGAAUCUAUCAUCACGGAUAAUGGCGCCAAUCUGAACAGUCAUUUGAUGAAGGAUAUUAGUGAGCAAUGCAAAAUCACUCACAGGAACUCUACCGCUUACCGGCCCCAGAUGAACAGAGCCGUAGAAGCUGCCAGUAAGAAUAUCAAAAGGAUCUUGAGGAAGAUGGUUGACAACUACAAAAAGGGGCACGAACAGCUGCCUUAUGCUCUGUUGGGAUACAGAACAACAACCAGAACUUCCAUCGGGGCAACUCCAUACCUCCUCGUUUAUGGUACAGAAGCGGUCAUACCCGCAGAGGUAGAGAUCCCUUCACUCAGAAUUAUCCAAGAGGCAGAAUUGAAAGAUGCUGAAUGGGUCAAGAGCCGUUAUGAACAACUGGCCAUGAUAGAGGAAAAACGAAUGGUGGCAGUGUGCCACGGGCGGCUGUACAGACAGAGAAUGUCUAAAGCCUUCAACAAGCGGGUCAGAACUCGACUUUUCCAGAUCGAACAACUCGUGCUCAAGCGAGUCUUCCCUCACCAAGAGGAGUAUAAAGGGAAUUUCGCACCGAACUGGCAGGGAACAUACAUGGUCAGGAAAAUACUUUCAGGAGGAGCUGUGGUUUUAGCCGAGAUGGACGGGCAAGAGUGGCCCAAAGCCAUCAAUGCAGACGCACUCAAGAGAUACUAUGUUUAG